GCCUAGUCAUCCAACGGCGGGUACACGUGUCAUUCACGCAAUUCUUUUUCCCACAGUCUAGGCCCACACAGCAACGAGUAUAAAAAGAACGCGGCAUUCCACUGCAAUCGCUCAGUCCCGUUUAACCUCUCGACGCUUACACACCUGCUUAUCUGAUCCAAAAUGCCGGCUUACAAACUUCAUUACUUCAACCUCCGUGGUCGUGCUGAGCUGGCCCGUCUGAUUCUCAAUCAGGCAGGUGUUGAGUUCGAGGAUGUUCGUUUCGAGCGGGCUGAAUGGCCGGCACUGAAAGCUAGUAUGCCUUUUGCCCAAGUUCCCGUCUUGGAGGUUGACGGACAAAUGCUAGCACAGUCAAACACCAUUUCUCGUUACCUCGCCAGGCAACAUGGUCUUGCUGGCAAAGACGAGUGGGAACAGGCACAGGCUGACAUGUAUGCUGACAACAUCAAUGACUUGAUGACUGGUAUGAGACCAGCAUUCUUGGAGAAGGAUGCAGACAAGCAGAAGGAGCUCUACCAGAAAUUCAUGACUGACAAUGUUGCCCCCCAUGUUGCUAUUGUUGAGAAGCAAUUGGAGACAAACGGUAGUGGGCAUCUGGUUGGAAAAGAGUUGACCUGGGCUGAUUUGGCUUACUACGGUUACUUCGCCUUCCUUGUCGAGAAAUUCGGCGAGGACUUCUUGAAGGACGCGCCACUCUUGAAAGCUUUGAUCGCUAUGGUCGAAGCUCUGCCCAACAUUAAGAAAUGGGUUGAAUCUCGUCCUAAAACCGAAAUUUAAAUUUUGUUAUUGCAAUAGAUUAUCUUCAAAUAUACUGGCUAUAAAUAAGUUUAA